CCUCUUUCGUGAUCACCUAACUGAUCGGGCAAAGCUGCAAUCAAGCACUGCCGGGCGCCCACACCGGAAGGUUUAACAAACGGAUACUUCCAAAUGUUCCCAAAGCUCAUCGGUCCACUUGGCGUUCAGUCCAACACCCGGAAUGACGGGGAUCAUGCAAACAGGCGACAGCCGUGCUAAUUAAUUCGCUGCCAGAAUUGUAACUGCAAUGUUACAAGUAGGGGGAUGCCUUUGCAUGGGCCUGCUUUGCCUCAGAUCCUUAAAAUACUUUUUAUCAGCACCAAAUUAAGCUUCGAGUAUCGAGCUCAAGGCCAGACAAAACCAUUGUGCCUCCCAUCUCAGCAGCUUUGUGUUCUUCAAUGAUACUAUUCAUGACAUCGAAGUCACCCGCGCUGACUGACGAACACCACCCCCCUUUUUCGAGAGCCGUCCACAUCUGUACUCGCUCCACGCAACCGAAGCUGAGCGCUGACGAUCUCGUACCGGGGCGUCCGCAGCGUGGUCAGAUUGGGGAAUUCAAGCUCGAUUUCGAUUCUCGUCCCCUGUCCAGUCCCCGGUUUUAACCUGGCCCCCAGCAGAUUCCGUGCGAACAGCCCUGCUAUUGUCUGGGGGCCGAGGGGACCUUUUUUGCGACGCUGAUCGCCCCCGCCACGACUCGUAUUUUCGCAGCGAGGAAAAAAGGGCCAAGCGUUCUGUCCUCUUCUUUUCGACUCGCGGUGGUUGCGAAAUCAUGAUUUCUCGUCAAAACUGGUAGAAAACACAACGGAAAGCGUUCGAGACGAACUCGCGCCGCCGCCUUACACUCCUUUUUUCCUUUCUUCUCUCGCCAUGGCCGUGAACCGGUCCAUUUUCCGCCGAAUGCUGGCGGUAGCCGGAUCCGGUGGCGCCGGGCUGGUCCCGUGUCUCGCCGCGCUCGGGCUGGUGUUCCUACAGGUCGGCGCGGCGGUCAAUCUCUGGAACUCCCGCGAGCGAGGGCAAUUCAACUUUUCGCCAUCUUCGAGUUUAACGAUAUCCGAACUUUUGAGGUUCUUGAUUGCGACUUUGUUGCUGAAACGCGAGGUUCGCAGACGAAAUACUAGCACCGAGUACUCUUCGCUAGGGAACGGGUCGGAGGACUUGGAUCUUGGCGCUGAUGAGGACGGACGGUCGUCUGGCGAGUACGCUGCGGAGAAGCUAUCGCGACAAGCUCCUCGCAUUGGAGGCGCGAGGGCACUCUGGCGUUAUGUCUGGGGAGACGCGGACUUGAGAUUCGGACUGAUGAGGAUUGCUUUACUGCAAAUGCUCAGCAACAACUUGUUGUUUCUCAACUAUUUGGUCAGCGAUCCAGGCACUGUCUCCAUCACGAAGAGCGGCAUCAUGGUCGCAGCAGCUCUGGUCACAACGCCCGCUCUUGGAUUGAAGGGCCCCAAGACUAGAUGGAUGGCUUUCUUGAUCCAGACGUCGGGUCUGGUACUGUCCCAGUUCUACCCACAACAUCGCACGAGGGCUUCGACAUACCAGCUUCCCCUCUACGUCAGCAUUGUCGGCCAGGCCAGCUUCAGUGCCUUAUCCGACAUCCACAGCGAGAAGCUUUUGAAGGCUACCGACUUGAGCUCGAACGGCGCAAACAUUGUCUUGGGAGCUUUCGGUGCGAUCCUCAACCUGCUCGUGCAUGCGCUUGUGCGACUAUACAGCUCCUUCGAACCCACUUUCUUCGGGGGCUACGACAGUAAGGGCUUGUCGGUAGUAUUCAUGACCACACUUGUAGCUCUGAUUACUACGGUUUCACAGAAGAGGGUCGACUCAUGGGUGAGAUGGUUCAUCAACGACACCACUAGUAUCGUGUUGAUGCUUGUGUCCGCGCACUUCUUCUUGUCCCGAUACAGCAUGUUCCUCAUACCCGGCACAGUGCUCAUAUUCAUCGCUUCGCUGGCAUACAUGAAGUAUGCUCCCUUGAAAGAGUACAUUAGUUCGUCUCCUGUGGAUGACGUGCCGAACUCUUUCGCGCCGCCUCCAUCCUACAAGAAAGCAAAGUUCGGCCUUCUCACCCUUGCCAGCUUCCUCGGUGCAGGCAUCAUUCCCUACGCGACACUUUCUGAACUCCCGCACACCCCCGAGUACCGACUCGUGAUGAGAGAUGACACCGACGGACACUGCUCAACACCCCCGGCCGAAAUCAUCACGCCCUUCACGGAUAAGCAGGAGCCGUACAAGAUCUCGACAGGUCCUGGUAACCUCACUGCCUCACCUUUUAGCAAUACGCUCGCCAUGAUUCGCUGGAAUGCGAAGCGCAUGGAGCGCGUGCCCCUCCUCAUGAAAUACAAGCCCUUUUACCACACCGUCCACAUCUCCAUGCCGGAGAUGGUCGAGGAUAAGCCCGAAGACUGGCACAAUCUUACGCACUCGCAGUACCCACACCACGAAACGAUUUAUAUGCAAGUUGCUAGGACGAUGAAGCUCAUCCUCGACGAGCAACCCGAUAUUGAAGGAUUGAUGUACUUCCACUUCGAUUCCUGGAUCGACCCGAUGGCUUGGGUAGAUGAGAAUCGCGAGUCCAUCUGGUUCCCGACAUCCCACAACACGCGACAGUUCGAGGGCGACGGCCCGCGGUACAUGUGUAUGACGGACUGGCAGAAGUUUCCGCAAUGGUGGGGUUGGUACCACAAAUGGAACGAGAAGGCCGUCACCGUCAACGGCGAGAUUAUCCGGAUGAACCGCGGCUACACGAUCGAGGAAAAGGAGUUUUGCGUAGGCUGGUCAGACAUUUUCUACAUUCCUCGACGCUUCUUUGCCGACUUCAUUUUCCUGUCAUCCGUGUACGGUUGCGCGGACCUGUUCCACGAGGUUGCGAUUCCGACGAUGCUCAACAUUAUUGACCGGAGCCGGAGGAGUGAGAAGGCCAAGUUUCAGUCGGUCAUUGACCGGAUCGGAGACUGCUGGGGAGGAUGCUGCGAUGAUUCGGCGACAGCCCAUGACGUCAAGUGGACGAGGUGUGGUCACAGGUUGAAUUACUUGAACCAGGAGGUGAUUGAUGCGCAUUACAGCCGGUUGGACGAGCAAACUGCAUGGCUUGGCCAGGCUGAGAGACAAAAGUCUGGAGGUGAAAGGCGUUGAUGGUUUGUUUUGUGGAACAUAGGUCUAUCGGAGCAUUUGAGUGGACAUAGCGUGUAUUUGUUUCUGGCACCUGUAACAUUAUUCGAGGCGCAAAAUGUAUCUAGCAUUGAACUGGACAUAACAUAACUUGAACAAUUAAAAGACG